CACACACUUUCCCUUAUAAGUCAUGCAAUGAGACUACUAUUCCUCUAUAAAGCUCCCCCUUUCUUCUCUCUCAAUCUUCAUCUUGUUCAACCUCUACAAGCCAAAAAGAGAGAACAUACAAUGCUAGGCAAACAGGUUGUUUCCCUCAAAAAAUUAGCCAAGAAAGUGAAGGUUAUUGGUGGAGGUCAAAACCAAGAGCCUACACAACAUGAAUGUCUGCUCAGGGGGUUUGAGGAUGGCAUGUCUCCUUCUGCAGCAACAACACCAACUGGGUUUUUCGCGCUUUACGUGGGCGAGGAGAGAGAGCGGUUCGUGGUGCCGACGAGCUUCCUUUCACAUCCACUCUUCAAAAUGUUGUUGGAGAAGGCAUAUAGUGAGAAUGGAUUCAACCGGAGGAACAAACUAGUGGUUCCAUGUAGUGUUUCUACCUUUCAAGAGGUGGUUAAUGCUAUUGAAUGUAGUAAUGGGAAGUUUGAUUUUGGCCAAUUGGUUGAGGAGUUCUUGUAGAUUAGUUUAGUUUGGAAGAACAAGAGAUGAGAGAUUAUCUCUCAUUUUUUUCCUGAGUAGUCUUUUUGAGAUCACAAGCCCUGGUUUGUAGAUUAUUUACAGUUUAGAACAAUCAACAGAUGAAGAAGUUUGAUAAGUUGACUCAAGCUUCAGGUCCGUUGUGUUCAUAGAGGCAGGGCAGCUGAGGCCCUUUGUUCAAAACAAUCGCUUGAAAAGUGAAUAAAGAAAACAAUUAUUUCA